UGUGAAACUUGUACAGAUGAUACCUGUUCAAACACAGUACCAGUUACAUGUCCAACAGAAACGAUGUGUAUCACAGCUUCCAUUCAAGCCGUUUCAUCUGGGACUCCUGGACAACAAAUCUACAAGGCCUGUGCCCCCCCCUCCCUGUGUCCAGCCACAGGCUCUUCUACAUUUUCAGUGAACUUGGGUGUUUCGAGUGCACUUGCAAGUGCUACAUGCUGCAACACAGACAACUGCAACUCUGUCACUCCUCCUUUCCCUGUGGUUCCAGCAGUUAACAGUCUACAGUGUCACUUCUGUAACCCCAUGACCUCUGAUUGCAGCUCUUCAGUACAAUGUAAGGGAACAGAGGAUGUCUGCUUUCAAGCCAGUGUGACAAAUACAGGCGGCACUUCUCCAGCUUUUGGCUGUGCAUCUACAAAUCUGUGUGCAGCUGCUGCCAGCCUGGGGUCACUGCCUUUCAUGCAAAGUAUUGGUACCAUUAACAGUGGACCAGCCUGUUGUGGGACUAGUUUGUGUAACACUCUCACUACUACAACUACAACAACCACUGCCAGCGAUGCCUGUUGUGUCAGAAUGGGAAUGCUGCAUCUGCUGAUUGGACUACUAAUUUUCAUCCUGUUUUAGAUUUCAAAACAAAAGUGGAUGAACCUUUGAAUCCACUGGAGGGACUCUGAGAGAACCUUUAGAAGUCUGGUCUUUGGUACACAGAUUAUAAAAUACCUAUUUAGUCAAAAGGGCCUAGGGUCUGGGUGAAGUUAAAGUGAGCUAAAUCAGCACCAAUGAUAUAGACACACACAUACAAAACGUUUACUUUUGUUCAAUUUAAUAGCCUUAAUUUGACUGAAACAUAAAUAGCUUCACAGGGAAUAUACUCACUUGGGAUUUCUUCACAAAUCUGUGUUUAUUUUUGAAUUGGCCUGAACACUAUUAUACAUUUGAUCUUAUUUAACUAACCUUAUUUAAUAUUAUUAUAAUACUACAUUUUUUUCGUAAAAGAAAGUCACACAUCAGGAUACAUUUACAUCACAUUUACUAUUUAACUUUUUUUUAGGCUUUAUUUCAUGCUUCAAGUGGGAGUUUUUCUUCAUUUUCCCCACUAUUUAAUAUUAUUUUAAUCUCAUAUAUUUAUGCCAAUGUGAAUCAGUACAGGUGUGAAAUUCCAAUCAAAUAAAAUGCCAUUGUUUCUUUUAAUUAUCUUAGUUAAUUUAUAAUUUUUGGUUUUUCUUCAGACUUAUUUCAUGAAAAUUUAGGAAAAUACUUAUGGUUAGCAUAAGUAUUUGUGGUUACUCUUUUGUAUAUGACACAAUUGCUUUCACAUUAGAUUAAGGCCACUAAAGAUGGGAAUGAUUAUAAAUGUGUGUUAUUACACAAAAGAAGAAAAUAUUUACUGCAUUAUAUAUUGUAAUCAUUCAUUA